AUGGCUAUUAGAGUCUAUACCAUUGACGAGCUAUCUAUCUGUCGAAACCAAGGUGUUCGAGCCACCGUCACCGCUACCCACCUGGUAUUUGACUCUAAUUCGAACGUGUUAUUCAAUGGCCGGGAAUGUCUUCCAGCCUUCAGGAAAAAGCCCGUGCACUACCCAAUGGGUAGCACGGAGUACGCUUGGUGUUGGUUGGAGUGUGCUCUGUGCACUAUGGGCUCGCAUUGUGGGAGAACCCCUCGGGGACCUGGAAAUCAAUGUUCACGAAGCCUGCAGCAGACAAAGAGGGACACACACAAAAAAAAGCAAAGAGACCCCGGAAAGGGGCGAUCCCGGCACAAUAAAGCAACUCCGACUCUUGAUCUACGAGCGCAACCUACGGAGUACUUACUACCUGUCCGGGCAAAGAGCGACGAAACGUCGACUGACUGGCACGAUCACGAUGGGAUCGAAACCCGGCAGCUCGCGCAUGCUUAUCCUAAUGACGCAGCACAGCCGGAGCGUUGGGGACAUGGGGCUGAUGGGCCCGUUGAACACGGACUGGUGAACCAGACAGGCCCCAAAAAAACGACUGUGGGUUGCAAACGAAGAAGAAGGUGGAGGGAGAGCAAAGAAAAGCAAAGAAAAGAAAAAAAGCAAAAAGGGACAGGCUCGACGGUAGAUCAACCGAGGAUAACCUGUUUUUCCCAACCCAUCCGUCCGGGUCGCAGCGAAAUUAAGUCAAGAAUGUUACACACGGCGCCUGCCUCUAUUCUGAGAUGUCAAUUGAGGGAUGGCAAAGGUGGAAAGAAGGGCAGGACUUUGGGGGGGUCAGAGUCGGCGGAGGCUGGACGGUCCACUACUGGGCGACAGGCGACAGGUAAGAAUGGUUUCUGGUACGACAGCCGGGGGGACGAUCGAUCGAACCGCCGGGCCAAAGAGAUGCGCCAUAUAUCAGAUUCGUGGACUCUCUUUUUUCUUGUUCCCCUUUUUAAAUCACUCCAUUUUUGA